CUGUCACCCACUGUGCUGAAUACUGCUUUUCUAUCAACAGCAACCAUCUCCUUGUGUCUGAGACUUGCUUAUUAAUCAGAAGCUUUGAAAGGAAACCAAUCAGAUAGUCUCACUGACUUCAAUCCCUUGCUUGUCUGAGUUAAAAUAAUACUGGAAAGGGAUCUUUAGAUAAGAGCAGAAUCAGCAGAUGAGUUACUAUACUAUAGGUACGUGCAUAAUGCAGUAGCAACAGAACAGUCUGGAUGUGAAGACAGAUGUACAUCUAGAAAACACCCAAGAAAACAGCAUUCAACAUAACAUUUGAAAACAUUUUAUGCAAACAAUGAGGAUUUUAUACAAUUUACAUUUCAUCAUGUGCGCCAAUAUAUUUUUUUUGGUGCACACAACAUCAGUGGGGAAAAAGCUUCAACAACACAUAACAGCUGAGAAGAAGACAUCAUUAAAUAGGGAUGGUAAAAAAAUUUUACAUCGUAUCAAGCGUGGCUGGAUGUGGAAUCAAUUUUUUUUACUAGAAGAGUACACAGGUUCAGAUACACAAUAUGUAGGCAAGUUACAUACUGACCAUGACAAGGGUGAAGGAAAUUUAAAGUACAUACUGUCUGGAGAUGGAGCUGGUAGUGUAUUCAUUAUUGAUGAAAAUACUGGCGAUAUCCAAGCUGCAAAAAGACUGGAUAGAGAAGAAAAGUCAAUGUAUGUGUUACGUGCUAUGGCAAUAGAUAGAAAGACUGGAAAACAAGUGGAACCUGAGUCUCAGUUUGUCAUAAAAAUACAUGACAUUAAUGAUAAUGAACCAAAGUUUACAAAGGAUGUUUAUUAUGCAAGUGUUCCUGAAAUGUCUGAAGUGGGUACUUCUGUAAUUCAGGUAACUGCCUUAGACAAUGAUGAUCCUUCAUAUGGAAACAGUGCCAAGAUUGUAUACAGCAUUAUUCAAGGACAGCCAUAUUUCUCAAUAGACCCUGAAUCAGGCAUAAUUAAAACUGCUUUACCAGACAUGAACAGAGAAAACCGGGAGCAUUACCAAGUGGUAAUUCAGGCCAAAGAUAUGGGAGGCCAGAUGGGAGGAUUAUCUGGGACCACCACAGUGAACAUCACCCUGACUGAUGUCAAUGACAAUCCUCCCAGAUUCCCACAGAGUAUAUAUCAGUUCAGCUCAACUGAAUCAGCUGCAAUCGGUAAAGCAAUAGGUAGAAUAAAAGCCAAUGAUGAGGAUAUGGGUAAAAAUGCUGAAAUCCACUAUAAAAUCAUUGAUGGAGAUGAAGAAGGUCAUUUUGAUAUCAUCACAGACCAGGAAACACAAGAGGGAAUAAUAACAGUUAAAAAGUUGUUGGAUUUUGAAAGCAGGAGGCUACACACCUUUGAGGUUGAAGCCUCCAACAUGAAUGUUGAGCCUCGUUUUUUUCACCUUGGCCCGUUUAAAGAUACAGCUACUGUGAAAGUUGUGCUGCAAGAUGCUGAUGAGGCCCCUGUUUUUAGCAAAUCAUUUUAUGUGAUUGAAGUAGAUGAGGAUGCAAAAGAAGGUAACAUUGUUGGUCAAGUCACAGCUCAGGAUCCUGAUUCAUCAAAGAACCCAGUGCGGUACAGCAUUGACCGCAAUACAGAUAUAGAAAAAAUGUUCAGUAUAUACUCAGGGAAUGGAUCUAUAUUUCUUGAAAAGUCACUUGAUCGAGAAGAAAUACCAUGGCACAACAUCACUGUAAUAGCAACAGAAGCAAACAAUCCAAAACUAAGCAGAUCUGUUCAUGUGUACUUUAAAAUUCUGGAUAUUAAUGACCAUGCUCCUGAAUUUGCAAAACAUUAUGAGACAUUUGUAUGUGAAAAUGCAAAACAGGGCCAGCUUAUUCAAACAGUAAGUGCAAUAGACAAAGAUGAACCUCCCCGGGGACACAGAUUCUACUUUGAAAUGGUGCCAGAUUUUUCUAUCAAUCCAAACUUCACAGUUUUAGAUAAUAAAGACAACACAGCAAGUAUUUUCACAAAAAGAAAUGGAUAUAAUAGACAUAAAAUUAGCACUUAUGUACUUCCAAUCAUAAUUUUUGACAAUGAUUAUCCAGUUCAAAGCAGCACAGAAACAUUAACCAUACGUGUGUGUGCCUGUGAUAGCAAGGGAAAUAUGCAGUCAUGCAAUUUGGAGGCAACCUUCUUCCCUGCUGGAUUGAGCACAGGAGCUCUAAUUGCAAUUUUACUUUGUAUCAUCAUACUUCUCACUUUGGUGAUCCUAUUUACAGCUUUAAAAAGACAAAGAAAAAAAGAGCCCUUAAUUUUUUCUAAGGAUGAUGUUAGAGACAAUGUUGUUACAUAUAAUGAUGAAGGAGGAGGGGAAGAAGAUACACAAGCUUUUGAUAUCAGUACCUUGAGAAACCCAGAAGCAAGGGAUGAAAACAAACUCAGAAGAGACAUUCUCCCUGACACUGUAUUUCAAAUUCGCAAACCAGUUCCUCUUUGGGAAAAUAUUGAUGUUCAAGAUUUUAUACAUAAAAGGCUAAAUGAAAAUGAUACAGACACAACUGCUCCACCAUAUGAUUCUUUGGCAACUUAUGCUUAUGAAGGUAAUGAUUCAAUUGCUGAGACUCUAAGCUCAUUGGAAUCUCCUGCCAUUGAAGAGAAUCUUGAUGAUGAUAACUAUGUUUAUCUUAGAGAAUGGGGGCCACAGUUUAAAAAGCUUGCUGAUAUGUAUGGUGGGCAAGAGAGUGACUGAAAUAUUGGUGAAAUAAUAAGCAAUUUAAAAAUCUAUACCUCCCAUGGUUAUUGUACUGUAAAUGCAUUAUAAAUUAUUCACAUUUUUGUAACAUUAAGAAGAAACUGAGCAACCUUUCCUUCACAAAACAUCUAUUCAAAAGAAUGUAUUAUAACUAAUUUCACUAUGCUGAUAUGCUUUAUUGUGCCUUUUAGGACAAACUUUUUAAAUUUAAUUACAUCCUUCUAAAAUGAGAUAAAAAUUCUCCCAUCAACAUUUAAGUUAUCUACAAACAUGUAUUUAUUUCAUAUAAAUGCUCCAUGUCAUACUUCAUUUUAUAUUGUAUAAAUA